AUGGGACGACCAGAGUUUCAAGGAGGCUCACGCGGUGGAGGAAAUUUCCGUGGAUCGCCAAGAGGAGGUGUGCAAGGAGGGCGUGGCGGAGGAUUCCGAGGAGGCUCUCCCCGUGGAGGAUUUGGGGGUGGAAGAGGUGAAUUCGGCGGAUCUCGAGGUGGUUUUUCACCGCGCGGAGGCUCUCGUGGAGGUUUCUCGCCUCGUGGUGGUGAUGGCAGUCGCGGUGGAUUCCGAGGAGGCCCACGCGGUCGUGGAUCACCCAGAGGAGGACGUGGAGGCGCUGGAGGAAUGAGGGGCGGAAAACGAGUCAUCGUUGAGCCUCAUCGUUAUGAAGGUGUCUUUGUCGUCAAGGGAAAAGAAGACGCCCUCGCUACCAUCAACAUGGUGACAGGCGAAUCGGUUUAUGGAGAGAAGAGAGUGUCGGUUGAAAACGAAGGAACCAGCGUUGAAUAUCGAGUCUGGAAUCCUUUCCGAUCCAAAUUGGCCGCUGCUAUGAUGGGAGGCUUGGAGAACACGCACAUCAAGCCUGGAACAAAGCUGCUCUACCUUGGCGCUGCUUCUGGUACUACCGUUUCUCAUUGCUCGGAUAUGGUUGGCCAGGAUGGUAUUGUGUAUGCGGUUGAAUUUUCUCAUCGUUCGGGCCGUGACCUUCUCAAUGUCGCCAAAAAACGACCAAACAUCGUGCCAAUUGUCGAAGACGCCAGACACCCGCACAAAUAUCGCAUGCUUGUUGGAAUGGUGGACACGAUUUUUGCCGAUGUUGCUCAACCUGAUCAAGCCAGAAUUGUCGCCUUGAAUGCUCACAACUUCUUGAAAAAUGGCGGGCAUGCUGUUAUCUCCAUCAAAGCCAAUUGCAUCGACAGUACUGCUCAACCAGAAGCCGUCUUCGCUGGAGAAGUGAACAAGCUAAAGGAAGAAAAAUUCAAGCCUCGCGAACAAGUGACAUUGGAGCCUUACGAACGUGAUCACGCCGAAACGAUGACUGGGACCCCACAGGCUGUGCAAACCUAUGGAAGAAAAAGGACGGCGACGGCGGUUGCUCACUGCAAGAAAGGGCGAGGAGUCUUGAAGAUCAAUGGACGCCCAAUCGAUUGCGUGCAACCACAAGUUCUCCGUAUGAAAUUGAUGGAACCCCUACUUGUCGUCGGCAAGGAUCGCUUCCAAGACGUCGACAUUCGAGUUCGAGUGAAUGGCGGAGGAAAUGUUGCCCAAAUCUACGCAAUUCGACAAGCCAUCGCCAAGGGACUCGUCGCAUACUACCAGAAAUUUGUGGACGAGCAAAGCAAAAAAGAACUCAAAGAUCUUUUCGCUGCGUAUGACAAAUUUUUGCUUGUUUCUGAUCCCCGCCGCAGAGAAACUAAGAAAUUUGGUGGGUCUGGAGCUCGCGCCCGUUACCAAAAGUCUUACCGU